AUGCCAUUUUCCAGUAGAGCAUGCCAGACGUGCAAGCUUCGACGCAUCAAGUCCCAAUGCAAGCCCCAGCUCACACACCCCAAGUGUGACGAGACCAAGCCUGCCUGUCUUCGCUGCACCAAGUCCCGGCGAAUCUGCCUCGAAUCCAGCGUGAUCGAACAAGCCGGCUUUUCCAUCAACCUCGAGAAUGCCUACGCCAGCGGCAAGCUCAAGCGGCCGAGGGGCCCGCGAUCCAAUCUAACCCUCCUACGGCCGCGGUUCGAUCUAGAAGCCCGUGCGAUUGCCUACUUCCUCCAACAUCAUGUGGUGGCCUUGACUGAUGUGCCAGACGUGGCCCAGUCGUUGUGCGGAUGCAUCGCGACAUGGCAGGCGUCGGGCAGAGAUUCUGUCAUGGUCGAUCUGGCGCUGUCUGCCACAUCCCUUGCCGUCUUCUCGCGCGUCCAUCAAGAUCACCAGGCUGCCAUCGAAGCUUCGUCGAGGUAUUGUCGUGUUCUACAGAUGGUACAGCAGAACAUCGCCACCGUUCGGCCAUCGUUGACCUUGGACGACCGGGAUACGAUCGAGGCCUGCUUGCUGACCAUGUUCCUCAUGGGUCGCUACGAGGCUACCAUGCACAACUACAGUGUCCUGACUCCGGACAACAACUCCACUGCAUCAAUACACAGGCAACUCCAUCAUGAUGGCGCUCUGACUAUUCUGAAGGUCUGGGUCGAUAGUCGAGAUCCCAGUCCCAGUCCCAGUCCCAGUCCCAGUCCCAGUGUCACUACUGCCAAAUCCAUCGUAAAACUAGGGAGAAGGGGACUGGUCCAAUCCUUGCUGCAUAAGAAUCUUCCGCUGCCCGAGUGGUUAGUCGACGGCGCUCGUUUCGGCGAGCAUGGUCUGGAGUUGGACUAUGACCGCAUUUUUGUGCGGGUGGUCAAGCUUCAUCAAGCGUCCGCGGCACUUCGCCAGCGGGGUGAUGCUACGACAGCCGUGCUCCUGGAAUUGUUAGACGAGGCCCAGCAGCUUGACAAUGCACUGCGAGACUGGGCCACUGACUUGCCCGAUACAUGGAGCUACCGGCGAUGCACCCUCAGCGAUCCAGGUCCGUGGCCCAGGAAGCACUUCUACUCGCCAACCGUGUACACCUUCGCAAGGCCCGGCUAUACCUCAGUCUGGGCCCUGUACUUUACGACAAGAAUGCUGAUCAACAGUACACGCCUGAAGCUGCUUGAACUCUGUUGGCGAGAUCCAAGCCUCGGUCCCACCUACGGACAAGGGCAACGGCUCGAGUGCUCUAUUCUCUUGACUUCGAUGGCCGAUAACCUGGCGUUCACCCUGCCUUUUUGCUUUGGCAAGAUUAAAAGCAAGGUUUCGGAAGACGGCAGCCAGGCCUUGAUAGCCGUCGGUUCCGAUGACGAGAUUAAGCCGUACCUUGCGGGUUUGGUGGUCUGGGAAUUGGCCGUUGCCUCGAGUCUGCACGGUAUGGACCUCAAGCAGCGGCAGUGGUUCAGAUCCGAGGUGGCACAACUGGGGAGGGAGUUGGGCAAUGGCAUUCUUGAAUCUGCAGAUACUGAUGAAUGGCCGAUGCUUUGA